UCCUAGCGCGUGCGGCAACUUCUUGUUGACAUCUGCCAGCAGGCAACUUCCGCACACGCUUGUCUGCAUCUCCGACUGUACUUUUACACAUAAGUCACAGAAGCUGAAGAAGAGCAAGGACACUCAGUGUGAGCAGCAGAUCGACACAGAGGAAUGUCUCCUCCACGCCUCACAGGUGCACUUCGUUCCUUCUCCAACGUCAGCAAGAAGGAGGACCUUUAUGAUCAGCUCUACGAUCUGAAGGCCAAGCGCCUGAAAAGACAGGAGCUGUUUGCCAAGGAGGGCCUGACUUGGCAGAAGAUUGUCCAUUUCUGCACUGAGGAUCGGGACAAAGCUGAACAGCAAGCUGCCAGUCAAGAACUGAAGAGCCUCCUUCUGGCAGCCAAGCAGAUUGUUGGUGCUGAACAUGGUCAGGAGGCCAUUGAAAGUGCUGCCGUCUUUCUCUUUGACACCUUCCACAACAAAGACCAUGUGGGCACAGAGGAGACCAGAGCCAUUAAACACAUGUUUGGCCUUUUCCCGUCGUCAGCAGCUGAAACCUCCUGUGCCUGCGUGGCUCGGCUGGUGGCUCCAGUCGCCGAGUCCAAACUUCAAGACUUUAUCCAGACCCAGAGUUCUCGUCACAAGCCUGAAAGAGGUUCCACUUUUGGACGGAACAUUGCCUUCUCCUUUGACUGCUACACACUAGAGCCACUGGAGGACCUGCCUGGCUCUGGUGAUCCUGACGAGAGUGGGAAAUUAGACUUUAUCAACUUCAUCAACAACCAGCAGAGUGGGAAGAAGCGAGCCGGUGAAGAUGUGCUCAGUUCAGGAAGAUCUCUGAGCUCUGGAGAUGAAUCCAUCCUUCAGAGUGAGGUGGAGAAAUAUUUAGAUGGAGGCAACAUGAUUUCAUCCAACCCAGAGGAGCUGUGCACCUCUCUGUUUGAGAUGCUGACGUCACACAGGAGUGAUGACGAGCUGCAGAAUGAGUUAUUUGAACUGCUGGGCCCAGAGGGGCUAGAGAUGAUAUCAACUCUCCUUCAACGAAGGGGAGCCAUUGUUGACUCCUUCCUCUGCACCCCAGCUGACAGGACCGGAUAUGCAGCAGAUGCCGGUAGAAAAUUCAGUAGUGAGGUGACCAAGCCUGCGUUUGGCUGCCAGGUGACCAUCCAGUCAGAGAAGGAGAAACAAAUGAUGAAGAUGUACCGGAGAGAGGAAAAGAAAGAAAAGAAGAGAGGCAAAGGAACGGAUGAUGGCGACUCCUCGGAUGCCGCCCUGACCUUUGAGCCCAGAGAGAUGAGAGCCCAGCGAGAGCACGCUCUGCUGAACGCACGCGUUGAACCCGUCCUAACCAGAGAAAGGGUGUAUGAACGGGUCCGGUAUCCUAACGUCUACGACAACUAUGCAGAAGCAACAACAGCUCCGGCGUUUGUUGGAGGAGCCAGGAUGCUGCUGCCUGAAGGGAUCCACAGAGAAAACAACAAGAUGUACGAGGAGGUGGAGAUCCCUCCCAACGAGCCCAUGGCCGUCGGCUUUGACGAGAAGCCCGUCCUCAUCUCCGACCUGGACCAGGUGGGGCAGCUGGUGUUUAAGGGGAUGAAGCGUCUGAACAGGAUCCAGUCGCUGGUGUUUGAGACGGCGUACAACACCAACGAGAACCUUCUGAUCUGCGCCCCCACUGGUGCUGGCAAGACCAACAUCGCUAUGCUGACUGUCCUGCAUGAGAUCAGGCAGCACCUGCAGCCCGGGGGCGUCAUCAAGAAGGACGAGUUCAAGAUCGUGUAUGUGGCUCCCAUGAAGGCGUUGGCAGCUGAGAUGACUAAUUACUUCAGCAAGCGUCUGGAGCCGCUGGGCAUCAGCGUUAAAGAGCUGACUGGAGACAUGCAGCUGACCAAAGGAGAGAUCCUCCGGACACAGAUGUUGGUGACGACCCCAGAGAAGUGGGACGUUGUGACUAGGAAGAGUGUCGGAGACGUGGCUCUCUCCCAGAUUGUGCGUCUUCUAAUCUUGGAUGAAGUUCACCUUCUCCAUGAAGACCGAGGCCCGGUGCUGGAGAGCCUGGUGGCCCGGACCAUCAGACAGGUGGAGUCCACCCAGAGUAUGAUCCGGAUCCUGGGGCUGUCCGCCACCCUGCCCAACUACCUGGACGUGGCUUCCUUCCUGCACGUCAACCCCUACAUCGGCCUGUUCUACUUCGACAGUCGCUUCAGACCAGUGCCCCUCGGACAAACCUUCGUGGGCAUUAAAACAACCAAUAAGAUCCAGCAGAUUCAUGACAUCGAGGAAGUUUGUUACAACAAAGUCCUGGCGCAGGUUAAAGCCGGUCAUCAGGUGAUGGUGUUCGUGCACGCUCGCAACGCCACCGUGAGAACUGCUAUGGGCCUAAUAGAGCUGGCAAAGAACCACGGGGAAACGUGCUUCUUUCAGCCAGACCAGGGUCCGGACUACGGCCAGUGUGAAAAACAGAUCCAACGGUCCAGAAACAAGCAGAUGAGGGAGAUUUUCCCUGAGGGCUUUGGGAUCCACCACGCCGGGAUGCUGCGGUCGGACCGCAGCCUCAUGGAGAGCAUGUUCUCCAAAGGCCAUGUAAAAGUGCUGGUCUGCACUGCCACCUUGGCCUGGGGGGUGAACCUGCCAGCACACGCAGUCAUCAUCAAGGGAACUCAGAUCUACGACGCCAAGCGUGGUGCUUUUGUAGACCUGGGCAUCCUGGACGUCAUGCAGAUCUUUGGCCGAGCGGGUCGGCCUCAGUUUGACAAGUACGGCGAGGGCACUAUCAUCACCACCCACGAGAAGCUGAGUCAUUACUUGACGCUGCUGACGCAGCAGAACCCCAUCGAGAGCCAGUUCCUGAGCAGCCUGGCCGACAACCUCAACGCAGAGGUGGCUCUGGGAACGGUCACCAAUGUGGAGGAGGCGGUGAAGUGGCUCAGUUACACGUACCUGUACGUCCGCAUGAGGGCCAACCCGCUGGUGUACGGCAUCAACUACCAGGCCUUCCAGAUGGAUCCAACGUUGGCGCUGUACAGGAAGGAGCUGGUGCUGGAGUCGGGCAGGAAGCUGGACAAGGCCAGGAUGAUCCGCUUCGAGGAGAGAACCGGAUACUUCGCCUCCACGGACCUGGGCCGGACCGCCAGCCACUUCUACAUCAAAUACAACACCAUCGAGACGUUCAAUGAGCUGUUCAACUCUCAGAGGACGGAGGCCGACAUCCUCAGCAUCGUGUCCAAGGCCGAGGAGUUUGACCAGCUCAAGGUUCGGGAGGAGGAGAUGGAGGAGAUGGAGCAGAUGCUGUGUAACUACUGCGAGCUGCCGGUCACCGGCGGCGUGGAGAACGGUUACGGCAAGGUCAACAUCCUGCUGCAGACCUACAUCGGGCGAGGAGAGGUGGACAGCUUCUCCCUCAUCUCAGACGUGUCGUACGUGGCCCAGAACGCCGCCAGGAUCGUCAGGGCUCUGUUUGAGGUGGCUCUGAGGAAGAGGUGGCCCGCUAUGACCUACCGCCUGCUCACCCUCUGCAAGGUGAUCGACAAGCGUCUGUGGGGCUUUGCUCACCCUCUCCGCCAGUUCCCCCACCUGAGCCACAUCGUUCUGAACCGCCUGGAGGAGAAGAGACUCACGCUGGACAAGCUGAAGGAAAUGAGGAAAGAUGAGAUCGGUCACAUGCUGCACCACGUCAACGUGGGUUUAUCCAUCAAGCAGUGUGUCCACCAGAUUCCCUCCGUCACCAUGGAGGCCAGCAUCCAGCCAAUCACACGCACCGUUCUCCGCGUGCGUCUCGUCAUCACGCCGGACUUCCGCUGGAACGACCAGGUGCACGGCUCGGUGGGGGAGCCCUGGUGGCUGUGGGUGGAGGACCCCAUCAACGACCACAUCUACCACUCCGAGUACUUCCUGCUGCAGAAGAAGCAGGUGGUGACUGCAGAGCCCCAGCACGUGGUGUUCACCAUCCCCAUCUUUGAGCCGCUGCCCUCCCAGUACUACAUCAAGGUGGUGUCUGACCGCUGGCUGGGGGCCGAGGCCGUCUGCAUCAUCAACUUCCAGAACCUGAUCCUGCCGGAGAGACACCCCCCCCACACCGAGCUACUGGACCUGCAGCCGUUACCGGUGACGGCUCUGGGGAGCCCGGAGUACGAGAGCCUGUACAAGUUCAGCCACUUCAACCCCAUCCAGACCCAGAUCUUCCACACGCUGUACCACAGCGACACCAACGUGCUGCUGGGGGCCCCCACGGGCUCCGGGAAGACCAUCGCUGCAGAGAUGGCCAUGUUCCGGGUCUUCAACAAGUACCCGGGGGCCAAGGUGGUGUACAUCGCCCCUCUAAAGGCCCUGGUGAGAGAGAGGAUUGAGGACUGGAAGGUCCGGAUCGAGGAGAAACUGGGGAAGAGAGUGGUGGAGCUGACCGGGGACGUGACUCCUGACAUGAGAGCCAUCGCCAACGCCGACCUCAUCGUCACCACGCCGGAGAAGUGGGACGGCGUGAGCAGGAGCUGGCAGAACCGGAGCUACGUCCAGAAGGUUGCCAUCCUCAUCAUCGAUGAGAUCCACCUGCUGGGGGAGGACCGAGGUCCGGUGUUGGAGGUGAUCGUGUCCAGGACUAACUUCAUCUCCUCUCACACGUCCAAGACCGUCCGUGUGGUGGGACUGUCCACGGCUCUGGCCAACGCUCGGGACCUGGCCGACUGGCUGGGCAUCGGACAGGUGGGUCUGUUUAACUUCCGUCCGUCUGUGCGGCCCGUCCCCCUGGAGGUGCACAUCCACGGUUUCCCCGGGCAACACUACUGCCCCCGCAUGGCCAGCAUGAACAAGCCCACCUUCCAAGCGAUUCGCAGUCAUUCACCGGCCAAGCCGGUCCUGAUCUUUGUGUCCUCCCGGAGACAAACCCGCCUGACGGCCCUGGACCUCAUCGCCUACCUGGCCACGGAGGACAACCCCAAGCAGUGGCUGCACCAGGACGAGAGAGAGAUAGAAGACAUCAUCGCCACAGUGAGGGAUUCCAACCUGAAGCUCACGCUGGCCUUUGGCAUCGGCAUGCACCAUGCAGGCCUCCAUGAGAGGGACAGGAAGACUGUGGAGGAGCUGUUUGUGAACUGUAAGAUCCAGGUUCUGAUCGCCACCAGUACUCUGGCGUGGGGCGUCAACUUCCCCGCUCACUUGGUGGUCGUCAAGGGAACUGAAUACUACGAUGGCAAAUCCAGGCGCUAUGUGGACUAUCCAAUCACAGAUGUCCUGCAGAUGAUGGGACGGGCAGGUCGACCUCAGUUUGAUGACCAGGGCAAAGCAGUAAUCUUGGUUCACGACAUUAAGAAGGAUUUCUACAAGAAGUUCCUCUACGAACCUUUCCCUGUUGAGUCCAGUCUCCUGGGCGUGCUGUCAGACCAUCUCAACGCUGAGAUCGCUGCUGGAACCAUCUCCUCCAAACAGGACGCCAUGGACUACAUCACCUGGACCUACUUCUUCAGGCGGCUGGUGAUGAACCCCAGCUACUACAACCUAGAAGACAUCAGCCAUGAGUCCAUUAACAAGUAUCUGUCCACCUUGGUGGAGAGAAGCCUGCGGGACCUGGAGUGCUCCUACUGCAUAGAGAUCAAAGAGGACGAUCGAACGAUUGAGCCACUGACUUACGGUCGCAUCGCCUCGUAUUACUAUCUGAAACAUCAGACCAUCUGCCUGUUUAAAGAAAGACUGAAGGCUGAGCUGUCCGUCCACGAGCUGCUGUCUGUCCUCACCGAUGCGGAGGAGUACGCCGAGCUGCCGGUCCGACACAACGAGGACCAGCUCAACAGCCAGCUGGCUCAGCAGCUCCCCCUGCAGGUCAACCCCCGCUCCUUCGACAGCGCCCACACCAAGACCCACCUGCUGCUGCAGGCCCACUUCAGCCACGCCGCGCUGCCCUGCAGCGACUACACCACCGACACCAAGACGGUGCUGGACAACGCCAUCCGCAUCUGUCAGGCAAUGCUUGACGUCGCUGCCAACGAGGGAUGGCUCGUUACGGCCAUUAGUAUCUGCAACCUGGUGCAGAUGAUCGUCCAGGGCCGCUGGCUGCACGACUCCUCGUUACUCACACUGCCACAUGUGGAACAACAAGACCUCUAUCUGUUCAGGAAAUGGGCAGAUAAGAAGGUGAAGGGGAAUGCUCCAGGCUUCAGCGGAGCGGUGGAAGGACUUCCCGAGCUGAUCGCCUCCUGCGGGGGAAAGGAAGGAGUUUUCAGUGCCAUGCUCAGCCCAACGCUUCAUCCUAACCAGAUUGCCCAGGCGUGGGGUUUCCUGAGCCACCUGCCGGUGCUAGAGGUGCAGCUGAGCCUGAAGGGCUGGUGGGAGGACGGCCGGGAGCAGGGGGAGCGCCGGCUGCCGGCGGCCGCCACCAGCCUGAGGGAGCAGAGCAGCUGGCUGGACGUCCACGCCGACCAGGAGUACGUCCUGCAGGUGGCGCUGCGACGGGUCAACGUGGGCCAGCAGAGGAGGAAGCAGGACAGCAAGGCCCAGGCUCCGCGCUUCCCCAAGAACAAGGACGAGGGCUGGUUCCUGGUGGUCGGGGAGGUGGAUCGCAGAGAGCUGCUGGCCGUCAAACGGAUCGGAUUCGUGCGCAAUCACACGGCUGUGUCAGUGGCCUUCUACACACCUGAGAGGACCGGAAAGUGCAUCUACACCCUGUACCUGCUGAGCGACAGCUACCUGGGGCUGGACCAGCAGUACGACAUCCACCUGAACGUAACCCCCGCCAGCAUCGCGGCCCAGGUCAACACGGAGGUGGCGGGCUCCACGUCCGGGGUUUCCCUCAGCUAGAGCACCACAGUGACCCGGAACACAGCAGCUCUUUAAUCCUGUUAGAAUGUGCUGUUUUCCAGGAUUCAGAUCAUAUCACCUCCCUUGUUUACUUCUCAUGUUCCUUUGACCAUCACUUUCACAUACAGCAUUGCUACUGUCAGAAAAAGCUACGUUUACCCUCUGAUAAGUUGAUAAUGUUGUGAAAUUCAAAAUCUGGACAGAUCAGUGAUUGUUUCACAUUAAAAAAUGCUGGUGUUUGAAUUUGAA